AAGUGUGGAUCAUUUUUGGCGCUUGUUUGGCCACUUUUCUCCUGAUCUUUGUGAUUCUCUACAACAUCAGGUGAGCAGAUCUCGUCUGUAAUCAAUCUGUGUGAUGCUUAACUGGGCGUUUCGGGGGUGUCUCUGGCAGGCAAUAUGCUCAGGGUGGACAGUACCGGAAGAAGCACGUUCGGAUGGACGGAAAAGUAGUGAUCAUCACGGGCGCCAGCUCUGGAAUUGGCUUCGAGACUGCUCUGGAUCUGGCCAAGCGAGGCGCAAGGAUCUACAUGGCGUGCAGGAAUUAUGAAAAGUGCGAAAUUGCUCGCUUGGAAAUUGUCCGGAAGUCUGACAAUUCCAACAUUUACAACAGAACCCUCGAUUUGGCCUCUUUCGACUCGAUCCGGAGCUUCGUCAACACAUUCCUGGACGAAGAGACGCGCCUCGACGUCCUGGUCAACAACGCUGGCGUGUUUUACGCUCCAUAUUUAUUGACCAAGGAAGGCCACGAGAUGCACUUUGGGGUCAACUAUCUGGGCCACUUCCUACUCUCGAACCUGCUGCUGGACACGCUGAAGAAGUCCGAGCCGAGCCGCAUCGUGAACGUAUCGUCGUACUUCCACUUCGCCGGUCAGAUCAACAAGAACGACCUGGACAGCCGGCAGAGCUACGAACGCCUCACGGCCUACAAUCAGUCCAAGCUGGCGCUGGUGAUGUUCACGCGAUACCUGGCGCAUCAGCUGCGCUGCACGCGUGUCACGGUGAACGCCGUGAAUCCGGGCAACGUUCUCACCAACAUCACGCGCCACUUGAGAGUGCAUCGCAUCGCGCACGCCGUGGGUCCGGUUCUGUCCACGUUCUUCAUGAAGACACCGCGUUCGGGCGCCCAAACGUCCAUCAAGUUGGCCGUCGAGCCAAAGCUCGAGUUCAUCAGCGGAAAGUACUUCAGUGAUGUUAAAGAGGAGGAAGUGGCGCCGCAGGCCAAAGACGAGCAGACAACGGAAUGGCUGUGGCACGAGAGCUUGAGACUUACGGAAAUGUGGGACAGAAGUGCAUGA